AUCACAAGUGUGCAUAGAUUAAAGAACAGGCUUCUAGUUCUUAACCUCCCUAGCGGUAUUCCUGAGUGUAGCUCGAGGGUAAAAUGUCAGUACCAAAAGCGGUAACCCCGAGCUACACUCGGGCUUACCAUGCGGCGCUGCAUAGGGAGUCCCUGCAGAGCUUACCUUGUCCUUCGCUCCCGCGAUGUGUCCCCUGCAGCGUACCUGGCCAUCUCCUCCAGCCGAUGCCGGCAUCCAGCUUCUGUGUUCCGGUCCUGUGACGUCGGGAAGUACGGGCGCCGCCAGCGGCGGGAAAUUUGAAAAUUUUAAAAAAUGUCAU